AUGAAUAAUCAUGCAGGGUCAACUUUGACUCGGUCUACAGGGACUACGUUUUCACAUAUAAACGCUCGCUAAAGUUGCCUCGGGGAGAGAAUUAUCUCGGGUACCCGAGACCAUAUAACUGGGCCUUAAAGGCGUUCACUUGAUGUAUUUACCUUUUUCCUUUCUCAAGAUAUGCCAAACUGAUCCCGAUGUUGCUGGGCAUACCAGCCCGUGUGCUGACUCUGUUGUUGACUUUAAAGUAGAGAACGAUGGAACUACCACCAUAAAGUAUGAAGAAUUAACUGAUAAGUCUGGUUACAAAAGGACGGUCAGUAUCAACCUUAAGUGCGAUGAAGGCCAAUCUCCUGGAGACAUAAGCGGUGUGAAAGAGGACUUCAUACCUAAAGACUCAAAAUAUAGAGCAACUCUUACAUCCAGGUGCGCAUGUGACGAUGGCUGUCCUUAUCCGGGGGAGACUGGUGGCAGUACCGGGCUAAGCACUGGAAGCAUUCUAUUGAUAAUGUUUUUCGUAUUGCUCAUUGUUUAUGUAAUUGGUGGAAUUUUAGUUAACAAGUUCAAAAUGGGAGUUGAGAGCAUGCCAGAGAUGUGUCCUAAUUACCAGUUUUGGGCUGGAAUACCAUCUCUUAUCAAGGCUGGAGUGGUGUUUUCGUGUAGCAGUGUUAAGUCUGCAUGUUUGUCUCUCUAUCGGAAGUGCAAUAAAGACAGCUACGCCAAGGUUUAGUCCAGUAAUUCAAUGAUCAAGCCAUCAAGGUUGGCAGGAGACAUGCCAGCCACGAAGACACAAUUACAAUUGAUUGCAUAGUCUCGACCUUUGAUAUCUUGACAAUCAUCAGGGUUUAAAUUAUAUUUAAACUGACACCAUAGGCCACCAAAGAUACUUGAUAAGACGUAUUAGUGGUACUAACCGUUCAACACGUGAAAUAUAUCAAUAAAUUUAAAAUUGAAUUAGGGCCAAAAAUGCUUAAAUGCGCAUUCGCACAUUCGUAACAACAAUAUUUCUAAGCCAUCUUUUACAUUUUUUUAAGAAAGAUAAAAGAA